UCGCCAUGGGUGACAGGUGUCCAAACAGUGCAACGACAGGACUCAACUCGGGAGGAAACAUCUACAUACUAUCCAAACAGGGCCAUUUUGAAGAACUGAGUUGACUGGGAACGAGAACAGACAUGAACGCCGGGGAACGAGAUUCACGCGCGGGCGAUACCACUGACGCGGCGGGGGAGGGACCACCGUCUAACGACACGAGACAAAAAUUAAACCAACACAGAAACUUGCUACAACGUCAGCAAAACGUGAACAUUUCGGCAGAAUCGGAUGGGGAGGGGGGCGACCAACCUUCCAUGGUUAGAGUUGAGAAUGAAACAGAAAAACCGUCGGAGCUACCUACACCUGGUUCGAACGGAACGGACCAUCUUAUCAUAGGUGACGAGUCUUCACAUAAAGAUGUGGAGAAGACGGCCAUAGAUGGGAAAGAAGCCAUACAAGACUCGAACCAACGCGCGAACUCCGACGUUUUCAGAUCGAGUAGAAUCGAGCCUGCUGCGUCUCCAAACCACUUCGCGGCAGAAGCGCCUGGACAGAGCAACAGCGCCGCCUUGCGGUAUCAGGUUGCCUAUGCAGGAGACGUGCCGCCACUGAGGAAGAACAACUCCGAACGGCCAUCUAAACCAAGGUCAAAGAGCACGAGAAAGAAGCGUUCGUCGCGGCCGAAGAACCCUGACCUGCCGGAUGUGGUUCACGCUGACCCACCGGAAGCAGUACAGCAGGGCGACCCUCUGGGCUAUACCAUCUACGCCACCAGCAUUGCGGAGAUUCUGACGGACGAAAGGCUGGAAAUGCCGCUUUCUGUGGGCAUCUACGGGGCCAGGGGCAUCGGGAAGACUUGCCUGCUCGCCAAACUUAAAGAGGAAACAAACAGCAUCAUCGCAGAGAAGCAGGCGAGAAAAGCCGCAGCAGACCAAGAAGACGACCUGACUCCGUUUCCUUUCCGGAUCUUCACGGCGCUGCUUCUGACGUUCCUGUUCACCCUAGCGGCCGUCAUUACAACUGCAGUCCUGCACCAAACCGCAUGGAUCGCUCUUCUGCCCCCCACCCUGCUGGCAUACCUCGCCUGCCUCAUGGUCCUGUUCUUCGCGCGCGGCACAGAUCUCAGGCGCAGAUCCAACCCGAUGCACUGGAUCCUCGGGAUCUACCUGGAUCUCAUAGAUCCGCCCUGCAUCGCGCCAGCUGACGUGCCAGAGCCGGAGCGCUACCAGGUGAUCUGGGUGGACUUCAACGCCUGGGAGUUCUCCGGCUGCAAGGUAUUGUGGGCCGGGAUCGUGACCCGCCUGUGCGACACUGUGGAAGCCGUCAUCGGCGUAAGGCCUACGCGAUUCUACCGCUGCAUUAUGAAAGGCAUAGUGGUGACAGUCAAAACGGGAAACUACCUUGGAGGGGGCACCGACGGCAACAUCUUCAUCGCGUUCGAAAAGGACGAGCAAGGAAACACCACAGACUCCAUCAAACUGGACAAGAAAUGGAGUAACGAUUUCGAAAAGGGACACGUCGACAAGUUUGAAGAGAAUGUUACCCUGCCUGCCCUGUGCCAGCAGGGCAAAGGUUAUCUGAAGGUGUGGCGAGAUGAAUCCUUCCAGUGGGACGACUGGUUUUGCCAGUCCAUUUCCAUCACAGCACCGACCGGCCAGCCGCUUAAAUUCCCGGUCAACCGCUGGAUUAAAGCAAACGAGUGUGUCUGGGUGCCCCCUGGUGGUGCAGUACUGCCACAGUACGACCGACACCGCGACAACCGUGAGGCAGAACUGAAGAAACAGAGAGAACGCUAUGCUUCCUUCACUUAUCAAGACGGCAUGCUCCCCAUGUUGAAAGACCUUCCGGUGGAGGACUUCUUUUCAUCCAGGCAGCUUGGGUCUCUGAUGAAGACAGGUGCCAUCAUGGGCGGAUCCAAUCUGAUCCGCAUCAUCGCAGAUGGCCGCUGGAGUAGUUUUGAAAGCAUCAGACAGACAUUCCCUUGCGACGAAGACCCGAAAGGAAUGGAAGGCUGGAAAAAAGAUGAACAUUUUGGAGCACAACGUCUGAAAGGCGUGAACCCCACCUCGAUUCGCCUGUGCUCAGCCAUCCCAAGUGGAUUUGGCGUGACGUCAGACAUGGUGAAGCCUUCCCUCGAAGGCCUGGCCCUCGAUGCAGCGAUGGCGGCGAAGCGCGUGUACAUCGUGGAUCAUUCGACCAUGCCGACAACCAACAAGAACGGCAGACCUAUGUGCGCUCCCUAUGGAUUGUUCUUCGUUAAUGGGAAGCAGGACCUGGUGCCUGUCGCCAUCCAGCUGUUUCCUAACGAUGCUAACAGCACGGAGAAACACCCGGUGUUCCUGCCACCAAAGGAUGGAGCCCCCGCCGGCCCCAAGAACACGUGGCUCAUGGCCAAGAUGUGGUUCAACUGCGCAGAUGCAAACUACCACGAGGCCGUUCCUCACUUGGGAUUUACUCAUCUUUUGAUUGAGGCAUGCGCACUGGCAGCCUAUCAAAACCUCGCCUCAUCCCACCCGAUUCUGCGUCUCAUGGAGCCACACUUCAUCUACCUUUUCCAGAUCAACAGCUUGGCACGUCUCGUACUGAUCAAUGAAGGCGGCGGCCUGGAUCGUGUCACACAGAUCGGGAGCCAGGGCAGCUUUGAACUUAUCAAAGAAAAACUGAAGACCUGGCGACUCGACAUCGAUGGAACACUUCCAAAGGAUCUGGAAACCCGAGGGGUGGACGACCAAGCAGCCCUGCCGAAGUACUACUACCGUGACGACGCCCUACGCUUGUACAAUGCCAUCCACAAAUACGUCACGGACGUUGUGGGGAUUUUCUAUGAUGACGCCUCGAAGAUAACAGGUGACCCGGAGAUCCAGGCAUGGGCGAGUGCUCUUGUUUCCAUGGGCAUUAAGGGUGUUCCCGGUGGCGGGAAGUUUUCCAGCUUGGAUCAGCUGAUCCAGACGGUGACGUGCGUCAUCUUCACCAGCAGCGCGCAGCACGCGGCAGUCAACUUCAUGCAGUGGGACCAGUACGGCUUCGUGCCCAACAUGCCGCUCUGGCUGGAGGGAAAUCCACCCAAAAAGAAGGACGCUCUGACUGAGGAAGACCUCCUGGAUGCGCUUCCAGGGAAGAGGAAGACAGUUGAGCUCAACCUUCUGACUGACGUUCUGAGUCAGCGGUCCACAAAUCCCCUUGGAGAAUUCUUGGUCCCGUACUUACAGGGCCCGCGUGAACUGGAGGCUGUUGGAAGGUUCAGGGAUAGUUUGGCUGCUAUCGCCAAGGACAUCAAGAGUGAAGACAAGAAUCAGCGUCACAACUCCUAUGACUACCUGAAUCCAGAGAACAUUCCAAACGCCAUCAGCAUCUAGAAAACACCUUUCUGGAUGAGAGGCAUAAGUUCCAAAACUAUGCCAUUUCUUUAAAAAUCAUGUUCAACCAACUUGGAUUUUAGAACCUAAGUGCUCGAAUGCAUAAUUCAAUGAUGAUGAGUGGAGGGUCUGCAUGGGGGUUGGUGAUGGCAAUGACGAUAGUAGAUUCAGAAACAGCUGCAGUGCUUAACGGUUAAUUGAUGCGUAUUCCAAUAAGCACUACGUUAGAUUUGCAUGUAGACCCUCCUGUGUGUUUUUUUUGUGCAUUUGGUUUGGAGGGUUGAGUUGUUGUUUGUGAAAUUGCUUAAUGGGUGGCAUACUUGUACCAGUGGGUAAUAUGACUUUAUCAGUGUGUGUGUGUGUGUGUGUUUGUGUUAAUGCGUUGAUACAAAUGAUAAGGUCUUUGCUGCCCACUAGCGACUUCAUUCAGAAUUGCAGUUCUCUUUACCUUUCAUUGUGAACCUGGCAUUGUUAUGAUUUUUAUUUUUUGUUUAAGAUCAGAAAACAAUGAGUUAUUGUAUUAUAUUGUGUUUACAUUCAGUAACAUAGUUUAUUGUAUAGUCGUGUGAGAAAAUAUUGUUUGUGACAAACGUAAUUCAGGGAAAGUAAAUCUGUGCCCUUCCCUGCCAACGUGUGUUUGAUGGCCAGAGAGAAACAAAGAAGAGAUUCAAUUUAAUUUUGAGUGCCUUGUGAGUUUGUAAAGGACAUCGUUGACAUCAAAUAAAAAGUAUUUUCGUAA